AUGCGGCUCACGGGAACUCUGGCCGCUAGCAAGCGGAACCUGACUCUCUUGGCAAACGGCGGAUCAAAACUGAUAUGGAAGGCAUAUGCUAUUGCGCUGCAGGCCCAUAUGACAACGCAAGACGACCUGGACAAUUCUACCAAGGCGAUCUUCGUCGCCUCUCCGGGCCUCUUUGAUAUCCCUGCAGGAGAGUUUGCCCCUCAACAGAUCACCAACGACCACAUAUUCCGCCGAACCGAUUGUCUGCAGAAUACCCGAUCUCCGUUCUACACAUCUGAUGGAGAAAGUUACUUUGAUUCCCGUCGAACUAGGUACCUACAAGCUAUACAUGAUGAUGCCAUGACUUCAUCUGAUGUCACUGGCUCAAUCUCAAAGCUCCGCUCUGAAGUUGAGCAGGCACAAGACAGAAGUGCACAGGCCUACCUCCGGGACCUCAAUCUGUACCAGAAUCUCGCAGCUGUGGCUGAAUCUGAGCUUACCGACUUUGAAACGUGGGGCGAGAGGUUCGGCAUCUAUUAUGCGUGGGCCAAGAGCGAGCAGAAACGGCUCGAAUCGGAUUACACCCUUGCUGCUACUAAAACAUCAAGCAGUGUUGGGUUGGUACUGGCUGCGUUUGAUCUGGCACGGGAUAACUCAACGCUAAGACUUGGGAGCAACAUGCCAUGCUCGAAUAUGGACAUUCCAUCUGCAAUAGGACGCGCACAGACUCCUUUCGUGAUUCCUGCGGACCAGAUCUAUUAUCGGCCGCUCUACUCAAUUAACGGUAUCGACCGCAGAGUUGACUCCUGGGUUGGUGCGCAAGAGGGCGGACGUGAAGAGGUUGAGUUAGAUCUCGAUCUUGCCAAUGCCAAGUCAGCUUCUUGGGCAAGUCUUGGGUUUCCCAACCUCGAUCACGAUCCUCUCUACGACACCAAAGUGGUCGACGUUACCAGUCCAGAUGUCACUCUCUCACUCAAGGCUGGGGGCAUGCAAGCAUUCGACGUUGACCGGGGUUUUUGGGAUGUUAGCGCCGCUGCUCGAUCACAGCUGGGCUCGGCUGUAGGCAACGAAGGAAGUUCCGGUAAGCUCAUGAAGAUCACCAGAGUGCUGCUGGGAUACAAAGUGGAGAUAAAAAUGUCAUGCGCGGACGGCAAGAAAAGUCAGCUGUCUGACGCUUUGGCCGGCUCAGGUGGAGAGAAGAUAUUGGGAAUGACAACUGACAGGUGUACCGUUCAUAACGAUGAUGGUCAGGUCGUCGUUGCUAGUGCCCCUAGUGGCUUUCCGACUGUUUUGGCCGUCCUGGGCCGUGAGAUUUGA